AUGGCGUCUAUGAUUGAUAGUGAAGCUUUCUUUGCCUCUCGAUGCGAGAGGGCUGGACUGUCAGGGCAGGUCGUCAAGAAGUUGAAAUCUCUGGGAUGGUCAACUUAUGCAACUUUUGCCUGUAGUGUUCUUGACCAGAAUGACGAGAAAUCCUGGAUCGACAAGGUUAUCCAGCCUGUGCUCGGUGAUGAUCGGAGCGACGCGGCUCGGCUUCGCAGGAUGUUCCUAGAAGCAUACACUCAUACUGCAGCUGACUUGAAGCGUCAGACAGAGCUCACAGAGCAGGACGCUCCCCGCAGAUUGCCGCCUCAGGAGCUGGAUUCUCGCCUAGCCUUGCUGCAGGAGAAAAUCCUGCCGCUUAAGAUCCAGGGCCGUUUAGAGCCCUCGCAUCACCUCAUCAACACUGUGUGCCAAAUGGUGGAUGAUCAACGCAUCCGCUACGUGCCUUGGUCGGCCUGCACGACGCGAGCGCAGGAAAUCAAUAGCGUUCGCGAGGUUGCAUCUAUGAAAGUUUGGCAGCCUGAUAAGAGCGGUGUUAUAAAGCAGGUGACGCAAGGUCCAGACAUCCAGGCCUCGACGUGCAACGAGCUUGAUGUCAUGCAGGCGCUUCGAAGGCGGGGCGUUGCUUACGCCGUGGGGCAGCUCAUGUCGUUUGCCAGCCACGAGCUUGUUAUAUCCAUGUUGUUCGAUGAGUUGCAACGCGCGGACCGGGAGAUACAUGUGAGGCUUGGGGAGCUGACUCGAGGGGGUCUUUCCCUGGGGCCAGGCGGCGAGUUGCCGCUGGAUCUUCCGCUGCGUGAGGUGCCUCCCACAGGUGAGCCGCCAAAGAAAAAGAAGAAAAAGAAGAAGACGGAUAAGAAGCAGAACGACGACGACCCAGAGGGGGA